AUGGGACGUCGCAGGAAAGAUCUGCAUUCACCUUCGUCUCCCGUUUGCAGACCGCGGGGUCACUUUCCUUCACGACCACAACCAGUCACUGAUUGCAAUAUGAUGGCGGUAAUGUCAUUUCGUUCUCGUAAGAAAACUUUAGCGUUUCGACUGCGCUUCGUCUCCUUUCAAUCGAAUUUAACCAAUUACACCGCCUCCUUCGGUUCGCUAUCUCAUUCUGUUCAUUAUCUAUCUAUCUAUCUCAUUUUAUUCAUAUCUAUCUAUGUAUCUAUCUAUCUAUUUACUUUCUUUCUUUCUUUCUUUCUUUCUUUCUAUUUUUCUUGCUUUCUAUCUAUCUAUCUAUCCCUUUUAUUCUUUGAGUCAAUUUUAAGAAUUCCAAAAUCUUCCUUCAUUCAUUGCUCUCCAUCAAUUUUUUUCUUUCCUUCCUUCCUUCCUUCCUUCCUUUCCUCUCUUCCUUCCUUCCUACCUUCCUUCCUUAGUUACUCUCGUUCCUUCCUUCCUUUCCUUCCUCAACUUCCUCCUUCUUCCUUCUUUCCUUCGUUUCCUUUUCCUUCCUUCCUUCCUUCCUUCCUUCCUUCUUCCUUCCUUUUCUUCCUUCCUUCCUUAACUUCUUUCUUUCCUUUCCUUCUUUCCUUUCUUUCCUUCCUUCCUUCCUUCCUUCCUUUCCUUCCUUCCUUAACUUCCUUCCUUCCUUUCCUUUCCUUCCUUCUUUCCUUCCUCCUUCCUUCCUUAACUUCCUCCUUUUCUUCCUUCCUUAACUUCCUUCCUUUCCUUUCUUCCUUCCUUUCCUUCCUUCCUUCCUUAACUUCCUUCCCCCUUCCUUCCUUGACUUCCUUCCUUGAUUUACUUUCCUUCCUUCCUUCCUUCCUUCCUUCCUUCCUUAACUUCCUUUCCUUGCUUUCUUCCUUAACUUCCUUCCUUGACUUCCUUCCUUAUCUUCCUUCCCUUCAUUCAUUUACUUCCUUUCUUUCCUUAUUUCCUUAA